UAUAUAUAUAUAUAUUUAAAAAUAAUAAUUAUGUAUUUCAGGAUAUCAAAAUACUUUGCACGGAUGGAUAAAUAUUGUUUUAAAAUGAAGAAAAAAAUGUAUAAAUUUUCUAUACUUAUAUAAACGACUGAUGAUGAUGUUAGACAAGAGUAAUCUAAUACGAAUGCUAGACCACUUAUCAUCGUGUUGAAAAUCAAGGACAAUCUAGUCUAUAUGUCACAUCAGUUUGUUGAUAAAACAUGGCGCAAGUGUGGAGUCCGUCAAAGAAACAUAGCGAAUUUGCAAGGUGGGUGUGCAUUUAUCCAGUAUAUUUAAACAGUAAGAAAACUUUGGCUGGUGGUAGAAAAUUAACCAAGGAGAAAUGUGUUGAGAAUCCUACUGCACAUGAAAUUCUUGACGUACUUGUAGCAACAGGAUUUAAUGCUCGUUUGGAAAAUAAAUUACAUCCACGUGAACGCAGUAAAGAAUUGCCAUUUUAUGGACGUGUACGUGUACAAUUGAAACAAGAUGAUGGAACACCAGUUAGGCCUGAAUUUCCUACUAGAGAUUCUCUUCUGCUACAUCUCGGUACUACGAUACCGAAGUUAAAGACACGUCAAGGAAAACAAGCUUACGGAGACCAAUCUUCUCAAUCAUCUGCUUCUUCCUCUAAAAAAGGAAAGGGUAAAGGGAGGAGAUAAUAAAAGUAUGAGAAGAUAUUGUUCUACGUAUUGAUAAAUAUUAUAUUUUUUUUUUUAUUUAUUUAAGAAAAUAUUUUGUAAUAGUCUACCAUACAGCAAAUAUGAGCAAAUUCAAAUAUAAUAUACCUUACGUUGUAACA